AUGUAUCGACCCGGUCUGUUGACUUGUUACACUGGCUUACUCAUAGGAGCAGCCACAUCCAAUUUCUCAGUGGCCAUCAGGAACCACUCUGCCCCUGCUAAUCCCCAUAACGACAGCGUGGACACACUUGCGUUUAUUCAAGCUGUUCCAGUUGCUAUCGAGGCCGUGGAUGCAACUACAGUCUGUCUGCCGACCAUGAACAUGCUGAGGGUGCUAAACCUUCGUGACCAGUCGUUAGAAGCCCUGGAACCAGAUACAGAUGAAACAACUGGAGAUGCGGAAGAAGGUGUUUCAAAGUCAAAGACAGCACUUGAAAUCGCAAAAGAGCUAGCAGGGACCGAUGCGGCGACCUGUGAGACGGGAGCAACGGCAAAUGCAAAAGCGCACACUGGGCUAGUGAUUCCAUUCGAAUACUCCACAGCCUUUGACUGUGGAGCGCUGAUCCAGGGCCACUUUGCCGCAGGACUGAGUCAUAUACAAGAAUCAAACUUUGACCCGGCGACUGGUAAAUAUGACACUGGGAUCGCCCCAUUCGAUAAUUUAUCGGCCAGCAACAUUGCCAACAUCAUGUGGAGCAAAAGCAAGACAGCGUCUUGUGCCGUCACGAAAAACUGCCGGGGCGGUCACAACGUUCUGUAUUGUCGAUUCGUAGAUCCAAUUACAAAUGCAGACACACCGUUCACGACUGAACUCUACGAGGCUCUCUUACAGCGGCAGGCCGGUUCUUCAUCCAUUGCAUUUACCAGCAUUGCCACAACAUUUUUCUGCGCCGCCUUGUUCUUGUUGAGUUAG